AUGUGCAAAUCGAUGGAUCCUCAAAAUCCUGAAAUGAUCUCUAAGUGGGAUUCAGGGCCACAGAACGAUGAGUACAGAACCUGGAUUUACGAGCCACGGGAUUACCAUCAUCUCUUCCCUUCUGCGGACUGGUUCAGUAAUGCCCUUUUAGGAAGGAAAUCCACCAUCAUCAACCUUUAUGGCUGUCAAGCCACUGCAGUUCCACCGGAUAAUGGUACACACCUGCCCUGCGAGAUGUCGCAGGGCAUUAAGGAUCAAGAACAAAUGCUGGCCAGGAAUACCCCUACACCGAGUUCAAAUGAAAUAUCAUUUGAUUUAUCAUACCCUGCCAACAACAUUGAAAAGAAACUCACCUGGACUCAACACAUGAAUACAGUGUCGACAAGAGCAUGUGAGAGGCUAGCAAUAUGGAGGUCCAAUCGAAUUACACUCAAGGAGAUUGGACCCAAACUUAAUAAAGCAGCCUACUUCAUUUUCUCCACAUGCACAAGCACCUACUCCAUCAUCAUCAAUGCUCACUCCCAGCAGUUAUAUGCAUUGCAGGAAUUCGUGAAACAACCUCAGAAGGGCACAGAAAGAUAUCGUCUUGGAAUAGCUAUAGCCUUUUUGCGUAUGUUAAAAUCUGAGAUUGAAAGGACCAAGGCAUCAAGGAAUAUACAGAAAAUGAGCUUUUGUACGAGUGGUUUGAGCUUCGCGCUGACGAUGAUUUUUGCCAUUGAAGAAAUCAACAAGAACCCAAGGCUGCUUCCUAGCAUUUCCCUGGGGUACCGAAUUUAUGACACUUGUGCCAUUCUAUCUUUAACUCUGAAAGCAACUUUCCAGUUUUUGAACAGAGGUGAAAUCACCUCCUCCAAACUGGCUUGCACGACGUCUUCCACUGUUGCUGUCAUUGUUAUUGAUGCCGCAUCCUCGCAGUCUGCAGCAAUGGCCACGCUAAUUGGUCCGUUCAGGAUUCCCAUGCUACUGCAUAAUAUGAAAGCAGUCAAUUUCACAACCAAAAUUGAUGAAAACGUUAAUUUUGAUGAUAACGGAGAUCCAGUGGCCACAGAUGACAUUGUAAACUGGCAACCCAACGCGGCUGGUGGCGUGGACAUCGUCGGUGUUGGAGUCGAUGACGGCUCAGCCCCACCAGGACAAGAAAUUAUAGUGAAGGAUGAAGCAAUUGUAUGGGGUGGAGGCCAAAAUACGGUCUCUAGAUAUAAAGGCGAAAAUUCCAUUCUUUAUUAUUUCAUUUCUGGACAAAAAGGUAAAAACAUGACAAAUAAAAAAGCUUCUAAACUUGCGAAGUUCCACGAGCAGUUUGUUCCGAAAGCUGCCCCAAUGGAACAAGGAAAGCAACAAGGAAAGGACAACCUCUUUGCUGCUUUGACUGUACUAAAUGCGCUCAUGGUGAAAUUAGCAGCGCCACUGGAAAGGAGCAGCAGGGCGAUUGACUGCUUGUUAUAUUAUUCUGUUGAGAAAACACAAAAAUACAAAGAAGCAUAUGAUGGACAAAACAACUUCCAAUUAUCAUUAGUUAUUCCUUCAAAUGUGGUGAUGUACUUUAUGAAGCAAAGUUUUUCACUUGGCAAGAAUGUUGUUGAUACAUAUGUUGACAAUAUUUUACAACAGAAUAAAGCAGGAUCACCAUCACAAGAGCUCAGCACAGAGUACCAGUUGGCUAUUGGAUGGCCUUCUGGGACUCUUGCACUACCUGCAUCACCUUAUGAUUGUGUGCCAGAGUCACGCAUUCCUCCUCCUCCUGCAGCUUUAUUCACUGAGCAAAGGAUGAUUGACAAAUUUGGUCAGAAAAAGCUUAAAAAAUUCUUUCAAACUAGAUCGCUGAAAAUAACAUCAGCUGUGAAAAUUCCAGCAGGAUGUGAAAAGAACUGGAUUACUGAUGGCAAAUAUGGGGUCUGUGGCAGUAAGACAAGUGAUUAUAAUGAUGUCUUUUGGGUCAGAGGUUUCCGUUUUGUGUUGACAAUGAUUUUCGCCAUUGAAGAAAUCAACAGGAACCCUAAGCUGCUUCCUAACAUUACCCUGGGAUACCGGAUUUAUGAUACUUGUACCAUGCCACUCUUCAGUCUGAAAGCAAGUUUUGAGUUUCUAAACAGAGGUGAUGACACGUCUUCCAAUUGCCGAAGUUCCUCUACAGUAUCUGCCGUUGUUGGUGAGUCUGGAUCCUCGCAGUCUAUAGCAAUGGCCACGCUAUUCGGUCCAUUCAGCAUUCCCAUGGUCAGUUAUUUUUCCACUUGUGCAUGCCUGAGUAACAAGGAGGAAUAUCCAUCGUUUUUCAGAACGAUACUGAGUGACAAAUUUCAGGCAAGAGCCUUAGCCCAACUGGUCAACUACUUUGGUUGGACGUGGAUCGGGACAAUUCAGAAGGAUGAUGAUUAUGGCAACUUUGGGAUGCAAGCUUUCAUCCAAACUGUCCAACAAUUGGGCGUUUGCAUUGCUUUCUCCGAGUCUAUUCACACAACCUACCACAGAGACAAGCUACUUCGAAUCGUAGACACUGUUCGUAAAUCUUCAACCAAAGUUAUAGUGGCGUUCGUUGAUGUUGUGGAAAUAAAAACUUUAGUGAAUGAGUUUGCACAACAGAAUGUGACUGGUAUACAAUGGAUUGGAAGUGAGGCUUGGGUAUCUUCACAAUUUUUAUCCCAGGAAAAGAGUAGGCAGCUUGUGUCUGGCACAAUCGGUAUUGCAAUUCGCCAGAUAGAUAUACCAGGACUGAGAGAAUUUCUCAUGGACGUACAUCCCUCCAUGUAUCCCGGCAACCAUUUAGUGAAAGAAUUUUGGGAAUCAACUUUUGGCUGUGCGUUGAAGGGCGCAGAUAACACAACAGAUGAUGUAUCCUCCACUAUGAUGAAGGAAUGCACUGGAAAAGAGAGAUUGUGGAUGACACGCAAUGAACUUACUGAUGAAUCACAGUUCCGGGUUACUUACAAUGUAUAUAAAGCUACAUAUGUGAUAGCAUACGCUCUUCAUGACAUGCUGUUGUGUAAAACUAGCAAAAAUCGAUUUCUCCAAAAAGGUUGUGCAAAUAUCUCAAGUUUUCAACCCUUGCAGCUUCUGCAUUACAUGAAAACCGUGAAUUUCACGACCAAGAUCGGUGAAAAAAUACAUUUUGAUGAUCAUGGAGAUCCGGUGGCCAUCUAUGACAUCGUAAACUGGCAACCGAAUGCAGCUGGUGGCGUGGACAUUGUCGUUGUUGGGGUCUAUGACGGCUCAGCCCCUCCAGGACAAGAAAUUGUGAUCAAGGAUGAAUUGAUUUUAUGGAGUGGAGGUCAGAAGACGGUUCCAAGAGCAAUUUGCUCGGAAAGCUGUCCCAGAGGGACGAGGAAAACAACAAGGAAAGGACAACCCCAUUGCUGCUCUGACUGCAUAAAAUGCGCUCAUGGUGAAAUAAGCACCGUCACUGAUUCACCAGAUUGCAUUAAAUGUCCAUGGGAAUAUCGGCCCAACUGGAGACAAGAUAAAUGCAUAUCAAAGGACAUUGAGUUUCUUUCUUUUGGCGAUCUGUUGGGGAUUAUUUUGGUGACUUUGGCAUUUCUCGGAGCCUCCAUCACAAUCGGUGUACUUGUUUUGUUUUAUGUUCACAGGAAUACUCCAAUUGUUAAAGCCAACAACUCCGAGUUGAGCUUUUUGCUUCUUUGUGCAUUGACUCUGUGUUUUCUGUGCUCAGUGACAUUCCUUGGAGAACCUUCCAGCUGGUCUUGUAUAUUGCGUCACACAGCAUUUGGUGUCAUUUUUGUUCUUUGCAAUUCGUGUGUUUUGAGUAAAACAGUUGUUGUGGUGAUGGCAUUUAAUGCGGUCCUUCCCAGCAAUGAUAUGAUGAGAUGGUUUGGCCCUACACAGCAGCGUCUGUCUGUGUGUGUCCUCACACUGGUACAAUGUUUCACAUGCACAGUCUGGCUGAGAACGUCACCUCCACAUCCUUCAAAGAACAGUAAUUAUAGCAGCAAAAUAAUUGUUUUUGAAUGCAAUGUAGGUUCGCCGGUAGCCUUUUACUGUGUGCUGGGCUAUAUUGGAUUUCUGUCUUGUGUGUGUUUUGUGGUUGCUUUUCUAGCUCGACAACUUCCAAACAAUUUCAAUGAAGCAAAACACAUAACUUUUAGUAUGCUUAUCUUUUGCUCUGUGUGGAUAACUUUUAUUCCAGCGUAUAUCAGCUCCCCUGGUAAAUAUGCAGUAGCUGUGGAAGUCUUUGCGAUUUUAGCAUCCAGCUCCGGGCUCAUUUUCUGCAUUUUUGCCCCUAAGUGUUACAUUCUCCUGUUGAGAAAAGACAGAAAUACAAAGAAGCACAUGAUGGUUAAAUAA